UAAAAUUCUGUGGAUAGUCAGCAUCAAGAAAUUACAAUAAAGGAGAUACCAGCUUUCUUAGAUGAAAAGAAGAAGAAUCUGCCUAAAAUGUAUUUAAAUUCUAAUGAUUUUGUUCAUUGAUACAAAAUAGUUAUGGGAGCCUAUCCAUAUAUGGUUGCGCAAAAACAUUUGCCAAAGUUUCGCCGGAAGUUGCCAAGACUUGGUGAUUAUUCUGUCAGAGAUACGUAUAUCUUGCUGUGAUGGUGUAGUAAUAGAUAUCCCUGCUAAAAGUUGUUGGUAGACGAGGAUGGGAUAGCUAAUGAGCAAACAAGUUCCCCUGUGUAAUGACAGUAAUGUUCAGCUGAGAUUUCUAAACCCUGAAGAUGUGCCAGAAGUAAAAAAACUCUGCACAGAAUGGUUUCCGAUAGAAUAUCCUGACAGUUGGUAUAAAGACAUAACAUCCAGCUCCAAGUUUUAUUCUUUAGCUGCUGUAUACAGAGUACAAAUAAUUGGUCUAGUUGUUGCUGAAAUUAAGGCACAAACAAAAUGCAAUAAAGAGGAUCAGGGUUUACUCUCCUCACAUUUUGCCAAAAAUACUAAAGUAGCUUAUAUUCUUACGUUAGGAGUUGUCCAAGGUUUCAGAAGAAAUGGCAUUGCAACCCUGCUAUUAAAUAGUCUGGUUGACUUUCUUACGAAAAAUCCUGAUGGUAACAACAGUUGUAAAGCUCUCUACUUACAUGUCCUUACUUCAAAUACAGUUGCAAUUCAGUUUUAUGAAAAACGCAACUUCACUCUUCAUAACUACUUGCCUUUGUAUUAUUCUGUACAUGGAGUUUCUAAAGAUGGCUACUCUUAUGUUCUCUACAUUAAUGGCGGACACCCACCUUGGACUUUUCUAGAUUAUUUAAGGCAUUGGGGUCGUUUUAUGUCAGACUUUCAGGUUUGUAUACUUCCUAGAAAAAUAUAUCGUUUUAUACGUUGUUUUGUGAUGAAACUUUGGCCUCAGAGUUGGAGAUCUCGCUGAGAUACUUGAUUUACUAACUUUUCAUGAUUUUUUUCUUUUUAUAAACAUAUCUUUACAUCUAAGUAAUUUUCCUGGUGUCAAAUAUUUGCUUAUUACUCAUGUGUGUAAAUAUAUUGUUAAUUGUCAACUAUUUUAAUUAUUUAUGAAUUUCAGUCUUACUAUGUUACGUUUUUUCAUCAAAGGAACAAAUUUUAUAAGUGAAACUUUGAAUUUGUUGACAAGUACAAAAGUGAUUUUGUAAAUUGUUUUGUAUAUUUCAUUUAGAUGUGUACAUUAAAAGUGAAACUCAGCAAUAAAAGUAUUUAAAAAUUAAAA